GCAACUUCCGCUUCCGGUUGGCUCUGGCUGCAGGUUUGAGUGUUUGAGUUUGUCCUACAUAAGAGGUCAGGUUGCUUGCUGGCAGACAUGGCACCUGGGCACGGACAUGAAAGUGGACAUGGGCAUGGGCAUGGUAAGCUGGAGCUUCCAGACUACAGACAGUGGAAAAUAGAAGGGACACCACUAGAGAACAUCCAGGAGAGGCUUGCGGCACGAGGACUCAGGGACCCGUGGGCCCGCAAUGAAGCUUGGAGAUACAUGGGUGGCUUUGCCCACAAUGUAUCCUUCGUUGGUGCAAUAUUAAAAGGAUUCAAAUGGGGAUUUGCUGCAUUUGUGGUAGCUGUAGGAGCUGAAUAUAUGUGGGAGUCUCAAAAUAAAGACAAGACUCAUCACUGAAG